CGCGGGAGGUUACUGACCGGUCGUCUCGUGAACGUGUUUCCUUAAACUAAAUCACAAAAACUACUUAAAAUGAAAGGCGACAAGAAUGUAGACGUCCAGGCUCUAAAAGAUAUCGCCAAUAAGUUAAGGAUAGACAGUAUUGUAGCUACAAAUGCAUCCAAAUCCGGUCAUCCUACAUCAUGCGCGUCAAUGGCAGAGAUCAUGUCUGUACUCUUUUUCCACACCAUGCGCUAUAAGAUCUCCGCACCCAGGGAUGCCUCGGCUGACAGAUUCAUUCUUUCCAAGGGUCACGCUGCUCCUAUCCUAUACGCGGCAUGGGCGGAAGCAGGGUUAUUCCCUGUAGAUGACUUGAAAAACCUUCGGAAACUGGAUUCCGACUUGGAAGGCCACCCCACACCACGCCUAAAUUUCGUUGAUGUCGGAACUGGUUCUUUGGGACAAGGUCUAGCUGUCGCCGCCGGCAUGGCCUACGUGGGAAAAUACUUCGACCAGGCCCCGUAUAGAGUAUACUGUCUCGUUGGUGACGGCGAAGCCGCGGAGGGCAGCAUCUGGGAAUCUCUGCACUUUGCUAGUCAUUAUAAACUCGACAAUCUUGUCGUGAUCUUCGACAUCAACCGCCUCGGUCAAUCGGAGCCUACGUCUCUGCAACAUCAGUUGGACGUAUACAAUGCUCGCCUUCAAUCUUUCGGUUUGCACUCGCUGGUUGUAGACGGGCAUGAUGUGUCGGAGUUGGUGAAAGCAUUCGACGAAGCCGCGACGGUAUCUGGCAAGCCUACGGCUAUUGUAGCCAAAACAUUCAAGGGCAAGGGCUUCCCCGGGAUUGAAGAUCAAGAGAAUUGGCAUGGAAAGGCCCUCGGCGCUGACGGAGAGAAGAUAAUUAAGCAUCUGCAAGCGCUCAUAAAAAAUAACACGGUUAGUCUGAAACCUAAACCACCACUGGCUGAAGCACCGAAAGUACACAUUGGAGACAUAACGUUGUCGUCGCCACCCGCUUACAAAACAGACGAUUUGAUUGCCACCCGUUUCGCCUAUGGAACUGCUCUUAAAAAGAUCGCCGACACCAAUUUGCGUGUGAUUGCUCUUGAUGGCGAUACGAAGAACUCUACCUUCAGCGACAAACUUCGCAAUGCAUACCCAGACAGAUACAUCGAGUGUUUCAUUGCGGAGCAGAAUUUGGUCGGAGUGGCGACCGGAGCCGCGUGUCGUGAUCGCGCUGUCGUUUUCGCCUCCACAUUCGCUGCCUUCUUUACCAGAACUUUUGAUCAGAUCCGUAUGGGCGCCAUCAGCCAGUCGAACAUCAACUUAGCCGGAUCGCACUGCGGUGUCAGCAUCGGCGAGGACGGACCCUCCCAGAUGGGUCUCGAAGACUUGGCCCUGUUUCGCGCUGUGCCCACCGCCACAGUUUUCUAUCCUUCCGACGCGCCGUCAACGGAACGUGCAGUAGAGUUGGCUGCUAACACCAAGGGCAUUUGCUACAUCCGUACUUCUCGGCCGAACACUGCCAUACUAUAUCCUAAUGACGAAAUCUUCAAGGUCGGACAAGCGAAAAUCGUCCGUGAGUCGCCUAAAGAUAAGGUGUUGUUGAUUGGCGCUGGUGUCACAUUGCACGAAGCGCUCACUGCCGCUGACAAGUUGAAAACAGAAGGUAUUGAUGCAAGGGUGCUGGAUCCUUUCACCAUUAAGCCUCUCGAUGAAGCCGCUAUCCUGAAGCAUGCUCGUGCCGUGCAAGGCAGAGUUGUCGUUGUUGAAGACCAUUACCAAGCUGGUGGCGUUGGCGAAGCGGUGCUAUCAGCUGUGGCUCUUGAGCGAGAUAUCGUCGUUAAGCACAUCUACGUGCGCGAAGUACCACGCUCUGGGCCCCCUACUGCCCUGCUUGACAAGUACGGGCUCUCCGCUCCUCACAUCGUCGCCGCCGCCAAGGCCGUUCUCAAAGCUUAAAAACACCCCUUAUGGGUACAAUAUUACUGCUCUUUAAUCAACAUCAACCGACUAAAAACAUCACAUGCGUCUACAAAUUGCCAUUAAGUACAUUAGCUAUAUGUUAUCUGCCAUAAACAAACAAGACUACAUUAAACAUGUAUGACAAUCAAGGCAUUUAUGGUUAAUCGUGAACGUAUAUUUCCUGCCAAAAAAGAGCGGUUUCAACCAUUUAAAUAACCAUAGAGACAUUAAAGUCACAUUCC